AUGCCUCGACCAGGGAGAAACACGUACAGUGACCAGAAACCACCGUACUCCUACAUCUCCCUUACCGCUAUGGCGAUACAGAGUUGCCCAGAGAAGAUGCUCCCUCUUAGUGAGAUUUAUAAAUUCAUCAUGGACAGAUUUCCGUACUACAGAGAGAAUACGCAACGGUGGCAGAACUCAUUGCGACACAACUUGUCGUUUAACGACUGUUUCAUCAAAAUUCCAAGGCGACCAGACCAACCUGGCAAAGGGAGUUUCUGGGCUCUCCAUCCCAGCUGCGGGGACAUGUUCGAGAAUGGAAGUUUCUUGAGACGCCGUAAACGCUUCAAGUUAAUGAUGACAUCAGACCACUUAGCGCCUAACAAACCGUCGGAUGCUGCCCAUUACCUGCAACAACAAGCUAAACUUAGACUGAGCGCUCUGGCGGCUUCUGGGACUCAUCUUCCACAGAUGUCAGGUUACAACAUUGGAGUCCCUCACCAGACGUCCACUUUCAAGCACCCGUUUGCUAUCGAAAACAUAAUCGCCAGAGAGUACAAAAUGCCCGGGGGACUUGCCUUUUCCACUAUGCAGUCCAUGUCUGCUGGCUAUCCCCUGCAUAACCAACUGACCACAGCCUGGCCCCACAUGUACAGCACUAGCGUGAUGGACACGGCAGCCCCCAUCUCAAUGGCCAGUGAUUACUCUCCGUACGGGAUGCCCCUCAAGUCUUUUUGCCACGGUGGACAGACUUUACCUGCCAUUCCGGUGCCAAUAAAGCCUACCAUGGCCUCAGUGCCGGGUCUGUCAGCGCUGCCAGCUCACAUUCCAGCUUUCCUUGCGAACUCGCCGCAAUCGUUAAGUCCUACAUCCCCCCAAACAGCUACUAGCCAAAGCAGCCCUGCCACUCCAAGCGAAACUCUCACAAAUCCGUCCUCGGCAUUGCAGUCAGUGGUUGCAGUCCACUGA